AUGUACUCCGCUAUCUGGCCUUUGACCACUGGGAUCGCUUUUGGCAAUCCGGGGAACGCGAAGAAUUUGACGCGACAAUUUUCUAUGCUCGUAUUGUUACUCGGGCUUCGUUGUGAAGGACAUCCAAGUCGAUCCCAGGCAUUAAAUGAUCUUGGCACCUUUCUUGGUAAGGGAUUCCUGCAAUGCGGUAAACCAGAAGAUCUAGAGGAGGCGAUUGACUUGCUCCCGUCCCUUCAGGCUCGAUUUGACCUAUACAAACGGGCAGGGGAUCUUGGAGAGAUCAUUAAGUUACUCCGCACUACCCUGGAACAUUGUCCACAAGGUCAUUCCCUUCGUCAUACCGCGCUCAGCUACCUUGCAAGAUCCCUGAGGAUGCGAUUUAAUCAGUGCGGAGAGCCGGAGGAUCUUAACAAAGCCAUUGAGCUUCAUAGUACUGCCUUGGAACUUUGCACAGAAGGCGAUUCUCAGCGUUCUUUCGUUCUGUCUGACUUUGCAGUUACCUUGUGUACUCGAUUCAAUCAGGAAGGUCGUCCUGAUGACUUCGACAAGGCCAUUAAGUUUCACCGUGCUGCAUUGGAACUCUGGCCUGCUGGGUGGCCUAAUCGUUUCCUUGCACUCAAUAACUUUACGAAUUCCUUGUUGAUGAGAUUCAAUCAAUAUGGACGAUCUGAUGACCUUGUUGAGGCUAUAGAGUUUCACCGUGCUGCUUUGGAACUUUGCCGAGAAGGUCAUCCCCACAGGUCUUUAUGUCUGGGUAACUUGCAUCUGCUGUAUUCAACCGAUUUUUGUGUUACGGACAACCGGAGGAUCUCAAUGAGGUUGUUGAGCGUCAUCGUGAUGCUAUUCUACAGGGAGGAGAAGGACCUUGAUGAAGCUGUUGAGCUUCUUAAUACUGCGUGGGGACUUUGCUUAGAAGGUGAUCCUGUUCGCUAUGCGUUAGUAUGGAAGCUUGCAAUAUCCCUGAAAAGCCGAUUUGAACUUUGUGGACAGGCGGAGGAUCUUGUCAAAGCUGUCAACCUGCACCGUGUUGCUUUGAAUCUUUGUUCAGAAGAACAUCCUGAACGCCCCAAAGUGCUGAAUGACCUUGCGACAUCGCUUGUAACUCGAUAUAAACAGUAUGGACAAAGAGAGGAUCUUGACGAAGCUGUCAAGCUUAACCGUGCAGCCUUAAACUUCUGUCCAGAAGGACAUUCCUAUUACUACUCGUCACUCUGCUCUCUCGCAGAGUCGCUUUAUGCUGGGAUCAGAAAACGUUGGCGUGCGGAAGAUUUUGAAGAAUGUAUGCAAUUACUGGAACCCGCUGCCACCCAUUCAUUCUCAGGAUUGAUGAUGCGCCUCGCUACCGGCAGUCUAUGGGCAGAGCUUGCACGAGAACAUGAUCACGAUACGACGAUGACAGCCUACAAGACAGCAAUAGCGCUCCUGCAAAACGCUCUCAUCAUAAGUCCGACUCUUCAUGCACAACAUAACUUCCUUUCUGGAAACAAUGCCUUUAUAAUGCUUGCGGUAGAAGCCGCCUCAUAUGCAAUAGAGAAGAACAAGCUGGAGCUAGCCGUAGAGAUUCUAGAACAAGGAAGGGGGUUACUCUGGUUUCAGAUGCGUGGAUUUAGGUCUCCUCUAGAGCAGCUCGCAGAAACAAACAAAGAGUUCUCCGACAGAUUCAGAGAUGUCAACCGUCGACUAGAGAAUCUCGCGACGUCUUCUGCAACGUUGACGCCUGGUUUGAACGUGCAAGUACAGCAGCCAUCGUUCGACGAGAUGCUUAAGUCAAAGAGGCAACUCGCCAAAGAGCGGGACGAGAUUAUCAAUGAAAUUCGGCGACUUCCUGGAUUUGAGAACUUUCUUGCAGCUACACCGUUCAAAGUACUGCGACGUGCCGCUUCAGAGGGUCCGGUCAUCAUGGUCAACCAAUAUGAACAGUUCUUCAACGAUAGCCUUGAGACGUAUUGCGAGCUCUUGUUAACAAGAGAGCAAUUUACGGCCAGCUCGUCCGAAUAUGAGGUGAAGCUCGUCGAAGCGAUGAAGAUGUUAUGGGAUAGGGUUGUCUUUAAGGUCGUUAAUAAACUUGAGGAGCUUGGUAUUAAUGAAGGAUCACGCAUCUGGUGGUGUACUACAACGGUGCUAUCCGCGCUUCCCUUCCACGCGGCUGGCCCGUAUCAAAAUAAAGAUGGCACUUCCAAGUAUCUACUCGAUAAAUAUAUCUCGUCAUAUACUCCGACACUAGGAGCACUCAUUAAUGCACGGUCAAGUGGAAAUGGAGGAGAACCAACAGUGCUCGUUGUCAGGGACGCCUCGCUCCCGUCAGCUAAAGGAGAAAUUCGUAACAUCAAGAAUUGUGGAAUAUCCACCAAAACAUUGAGUGUGAAGGCAUCUCAUGAUGCAGUAAUUAAAGCACUUAGGAAGAUAACAUGGGUUCACUUCGUUUGCCAUGGAAGCGUGGACUCAAAGCCUCUAAACUCCUCAUUCAAGGUGUCCGACCGCGGGCUGACGUUACUCGAUAUUAUCCAAGGAAAUAUUCCGAAUGCGGAGUUUGCGUUCCUUUCGGCUUGUCAUACUGCUGAACAGCCUCCCAGUGUUACACAAGAUGAAGUACUUCACUUAGCCGCAACGAUGCAAUUUUCUGGGUUUCGAAGCGUGAUUGGCUCGAUGUGGGAGCUACUUGAUGUGGACGGACCUUUCUUUGCCAAGACCAUUUAUGAGUACAUGUGGGAUUGCGAUGAGGGCGAGGUGAGGUAUAAGCGGGCGGCUGCGGGACUUCGUCAAGCUGCUCUAGAGCUGAAAACGCGGCCUGGUAUUGAAACGGAGAGAUGGGUCAAUUUGGUUCACAUAGGCGCAUAA